UCUCCACCUCUAAACGCAGUGUCUUUUUCUUUAUUUAUGUUCGUACAUUUUUGGUUGCCUGGCUUUUUGUUGUUGCGCCACAUUAACAAUAACUAUUACAGUGCGCCCCACCGCCGCCCGCGUUGAAGAAGUGUUAAAUCGGGAGCGCGGAUUAAUGUGCCACACGCGAAAGGCGUUGCAACGUUGUGUCGUCGUCGGGCGUCGAACAAAGCAGAUUUUGGAAAAGUGAAAACGGCGCCAUUUUAGAAGCAGCAAGCCACGGCCAAAGGCGCUAGAAAAGUGCAAAUGCAAUGCGUGGACUAAUAGAUGGUCCGUAAACGGUCCGCUGAACACACAACUCCCCUUUAAAGCCGCGAGUGAAGGUGCUAAACGAGAAAACAAUCAAGCCUCCCGAGCGACUCCAAAAUAUGAGCAGUGGCCAAAAUGAGACGGCAGCAGCAAAGGUUCUGGAAACGCAACGCGCACAAGAGUCCGGCAGUGAAAAUGAGGAAACAGAUUCCAUUACGGAUCAGUCGAGCCAGUCGAAGUCCACCAAGUCAGCCACCCAGUUCAGCGUGCAGCGCUCGGAUACCGGUGGCCUGCGAAUGAGAAUCUCGGCGAUUCGCCCGCCGCCAGGAGUCGCAGCCAUCAAGAAGCCGCCGAAGGCCAGGAAAAUGUCCACCCAGGACACCGAGUCCGGCUGCUCGGAGGCCAGGAACAAAGCAGCCAGCAAGAAGGUCAAGGUCAAGCGCAAGAAGCUGGCCAGCAGCAACAGUGCGAUGGGCAAAUCGGACAAGGCAUUCAAGUCCAAGAAGCCACAGAUCUCGGCCUUUUCCUCGGAUUCCGAGGACGAUCUGCCCCUGAAGGUUCACCAGCAGAGAGCUCCGCGACUGCUGCUCACUGCAAUCUCGCAGGCGGCUCAGUCCGCCAGCAAAGCCCCUCUGGACAUCGGAAUCUCCUCCAGCGACAACGAGCUGCCCAGCCUCGUGCAGGCGGCCAUCAAGCGGGUGGAGAGCGAUACGGAGGACACCACUGUGGAGGGCAGCUUCCGCAAAGCGGCCAAGGACAAGAAUCUGCCCCAGUACCAGUCCACUUUGCUGCAGGACUUCAUGGAGAAGACCCAGAUGCUGGGACAGAGCUCCAGCUCAAAGCUUCCCGAAGAGAAAGUGGCAAAAGCUGGCGAGGAGGCCCUGGCGCUAGCCGCUAAUCCCCGAAAGCGCAGAGGUAGACCCAAGAAAGUGAUCUCCACAGCUCCUGCCCCGGGAAUCUCUGGACCGGCCAUAAAUGAAUCCGCCGAUUCGGGUGUUAUUAGCACCACCAGCACCACGCAAAGCACCACUCCCUCCCCGAAAAUGCAGAGCGAGAACACUGUGCCCACGGGCGCUGUGGCAAUCGCCUCCAGCAGCAAGCCAAAGAUCGAUAUGGCCUAUCUGGACAAGCGCAUGUAUGCCACGGAGAGAGUACUCUAUCCCCCGCCCAGGAGCAAGCGGCGUCAGAACAAUAAGAAGACCGCCUCCAGCUCAUCCAACAAGGAGGAACUUCAGCUGGAUCCGCUGUGGCGGGAGAUCGACGUGAACAAGAAGUUCCGGCUGCGGAGCAUGAGUGUGGGGGCAGCUAGUGGAACUGGAGCUGGCACCACCAUCUGUAGCAAGGUGCUGGCCGCCAAGAGCGGCUACGUAUCGGACUACGGAAGCGUGAGGCACCAACGGAGCGGCCACAGCCACAACUCCGGGUACAAGUCCGAUGCCAGCUGCAAGAGUCGGUACAGCACCAAGAGCUGUAUGAGUCGCAGGAGCCGGGCAAAGAGUUGCGGCUACCGCAGUGAUUGCAAGGAAUCGGGAAAGUCAGGCCUGAGAAUGAGGCGGAAGCGCAGGGCUUCCAUGCUCUUGAAGAGCACUGCAGACGAUCCCGUCGAGGAUCAGGACAUCCUUCAGCUGGCGGGGCUGUCGCUGGGCCAGAGCAGCGAGGAGAGCAACGAGUACAUCAGCAAGCCGAGUCUCCAGAGUCUGCCGACGACAAGUGCCAGCAAGAAGUACGGCGAGAUCAACCGCUAUGUCACCACGGGGCAGUACUUCGGUCGAGGCAGCAGCUUGGCUGCCACCAAUCCGGAGAACUUUAUCAGUAAGAUGAUGAAUCAACGGAAGGAGACCCCGGCUCCCAGCAAAUCCUCCUGCAAGAUCAAGUCCCGUCGCUCCUCGGCAGCCAGCAUGUGCAGUAGCUAUGUGUCGGGGGUGUCCAGAAUGCGUCGCAGGCAUCGCCGGAAGAGUUUCAGCCACAACAAGUCCUUGAACAUUGAUUCAAAGCUGCUCACGGAAAUCGAGAUUAUCACCAGCACCUUCCACUCGAGGUGUCGCAUACAGGAGGACCGUCUGACCGGGAGCAGUGGCAAGGAGAAGCUGUUGGCCGAUGCCAACAAACUGCAGGCCACCUUGGCAGCUCCCAGUCCUGCUCAGCAAUUGGUUCUGAACGGCGGGGGAUCCGCUUCAGCGCUCCCCAAACCUUUGAAACGGGCCCUAAAGAAGCGAAAGCUCAGCGAGCCCCUGGUGGACUUCGCUAUGCUGUCGGCCAGCGCUGGUGGAACCCCCAAUGGCAGCGGAAGCAGCAACGGGAAUGCCAAGAGACGGCACAAAAAAUCCCAGAGCAAUGACAGCUCCAGUCCCGAUGAUCACAAGCUGCCGCUAAAGAAGCGCCACUACCUGUUGACUCCAGGAGAGCGGCCACCCACGGAAGUGGCCUUCGCCAAUGGAAAACUGAACGCAGAGGCCUGGGCCGCAGCGGCGGCGACUGCCAAGAGCACUGCGUCUACAAAAUCGCAGGCUCAGUUCAAUGCUAGAAGCGGAAAAUCUGCCCUUACGCCAAAGAAGAGGCACCUCCUGGAACAACCCAACGCAGCGAGCGGAGCUGCCUCAUCGGCCAGCAAUUCUCCCCUACGGAUUGUUGUGGAUAACAACUCCAUAAGUGGUGGCAAGUUGCUGGACAUUAGUCCUAGCUCUCUGUGCUCCCUCAAACAGCAGAGGAGAGGAGGAGCAGCCAAGCAGAAGGCUGCGGCCACCAAGGACUUGGUUCAGGUUCAGUCUCCAGCCGGUAGCUAUCCUCCCCCCGGUGUGUUUGAGCCAUCUGUGGAGCUGGAAAUCCAAAUACCCCUUGGCAAGCUGAACGAAUCAGUCAUAACAAAAGCAGAGGUCGAAUCUCCGCUGCUCUCAGCACUGGACAUCAAGGAAGAUACCAAAAAGGAGAUUGGCCAGCGGGUUGUGGAGACGUUGCUCCAUAAAACGGGAGGCAAUCUCCUGCUGAAACGCAAGCGAAAGAAGAUCAAUCGAACUGGAUUUCCCACGGUGCGCAGGAAGAAGCCCAAGAUUAGCAUGGAACAGCAGCCAACGGUCGCAAUGGAUGAACCGGAGCCGCAGCCGGAGAUUGAUCCCGAUGAUGAGCCGCUGCAAUCCUUAAGAGAAACCAGGAGUAGCAGCAGUGCCCAGGUACACCCUACUCCUCCGAUAGAUUGCGAGCGAGUGCCCCAAGCAGGCGAGGCCAGGGAAACCUUUGUAGCCAGGAGCAAUCAGAGAGCUCCGCGCCUCUCGGUGGUGGCCCUGGAGCGCCUGCAGCGCCCUCAAACACCCGCUAGAGGAAGACCCCGAGGAAGAAAGCCGAAAAAAAAGGAGCAACCUGAAGUUCCACCCUUACCGCCGCCCAAAACGGAACCGGAGGCAAGGCCUGCCAAGAAACGUGGCCGCCAGCCCAAGCAGCCGGUGCUGGAAGAGCCACCUCCCGCACCUUCGCCUCAACAGAAAAAAUCCAAACUGGAACCCAAUAUAAAGCUCCCAGCUGGCAUCGAUCCCAACACGAACUUUAGCUGCAAGAUUCGCCUAAAAAGGCGGAAGAACCUGGAAAACGGAAGCCACCAAAGUAAGAAGGAGAAACCUGUUCAACCAGCGAUAGUGGAGCCUAUUACCCCGGAAAUACCGGCGAGCCAGGAGGAGAUAGAUGCCGAAGCGGCGGCUAAACGGCUGGAAAACAUCCCCAUCGAACAUGAUCCGCUACCCGCUAGUGAGUCCCAGAACCCCGGCCCUCCAGACUACGCCAGCUGCAGUGAAUCCAGCGAGGACAAAGCGUCGACAACCUCACUGCGCAAACUAUCCAAAAUAAAGAAGACCUAUCUGGUAGCGGGCCUCUUCUCAAAUCACUACAAACAAUCGCUGAUGCCGCCGCCAGCGAAGGUGAACAAGAAGCCAGGAUUGGAGGAGCAGCAGGUGACUCCUGGGAGUCUUCUGCCUCCACCUCCCUAUUGUGAAAGGUAUCUAAGAAGAAGUGAGAUCGACUUUGAGCUACCCUACGACAUUUGGUGGGCCUACACCAACUCAAAGCUACCCACUCGACAUAUUGUGCCAUCCUGGAACUACCGAAAGAUUCGAACAAAUGUGUACGCCGAGUCAGUGCGUCCGAAUCUGGCUGGCUUCGAUCAUCCCACCUGCAACUGCAAGAAUCAGGGCGAGAAAGCAUGUUUGGACAAUUGCUUGAAUCGCAUGGUUUACACGGAGUGUUCGCCCAGCAAUUGUCCAGCUGGAGAGAAGUGCCGGAAUCAGAAGAUCCAGCGGCAUGCAGUGGCACCUGGAGUGGAACGCUUUAUGACCACAGACAAAGGAUGGGGAGUGAGAACUAAGCUACCCAUAUCCAAGGGUACCUACAUUCUGGAGUACGUGGGGGAGGUGGUCACCGAGAGGGAAUUCAAGCAGCGGAUGGCCAGUAUUUACCUAAACGAUACGCACCACUAUUGUCUGCACUUGGAUGGAGGACUAGUGAUCGAUGGCCAGCGCAUGGGCAGCGAUUGUAGGUUUGUCAACCACUCCUGCGAGCCAAACUGCGAGAUGCAGAAGUGGAGCGUCAACGGUUUGUCGAGAAUGGUCCUGUUCGCAAAAAGAGCCAUUCUGCAAGGAGAGGAGCUGACCUACGACUACAAUUUCUCACUGUUCAAUCCGUCAGAGGGUCAGCCCUGCAGAUGCAAUACUCCCCAGUGUCGUGGCGUCAUCGGGGGCAAGUCGCAGAGGGUGAAACCACUUCCUGCAGCGGAGGCCAAGCCCGCCUGCGAGGGACCUUCAGGCAGAAACGGUCGCCAGCGUAAGCAUAAGGCCAAGAAGCACGCUCAACGGCAGGCGGGCAAGGACACUGCGUCAGCAGUGGCGGUGGCAAAGCUUCAACCUUUGUCCGAAAAGGAGAAGAAGCUGGUUAAACAAUUCAACACGUUCCUUGUAAGGAACUUUGAAAAGAUACGCAGAUGCAAGGCCAAGCGAGCAGCAGUCGCUGCACCUGUAGGCACUACUGCAUCCUCUCCAGCGCACGGCGUCGCCAAUGGAGACAUCCCCGGUAGACGACCUUCCACGCCAUCUUCCACUUCCCUGGCUGCCCAAAUAUCCGCACUCUGCUCGCCACGCAACAUGAAAACUCGCGGACUAGCUCAGGCAGUACAUGAUCCCGAACUUGAGAAGAUGGCCAAAAUGGCUGUGGUUCUAAGAGACAUUUGCAGUGCUGUUGAGAGUCUUAAAAUGUCCGAUCUGCUAACCACCGUAUCCAGCAAGAAGAAGAAAGCUAUAAAGAACUCCUCGAGUGCUAAAUUGAGUGCGACAGCCGGAACGUCUCGAGUGGAGUUCAGAUCGAUUCAGGUCCAAGUUGAACAGGGACACUACAAGACGCCCCAGGAAUACGACGACCACAUGCAGCAGCUUUUUAUGGAGGCCAAGCAGCAGCAUGGCGACGAUGAGGGCAAGGUCAAGGCCCUUCAAUCCCUGAAGGAUUGCUAUGAGCAGCAGAAAACAGCCAGUUAUGUUCAGCUGGUCGAGAUACUCGGCGAUUCUGAGUCAUUGCAGAGCUUUAAGCCAAAGGAGAUGCUUUUGCCAGUGGAGGAAGCACAAAAGGUUGCAGUGAAGAAAUCACCAGGGGCAAAAGAUAGGGAUUCUCCCCAAGUGCCAUUAAAAUCAACGCCUCCACUGCUUCCCAUCGAAGCCUCUCCUGAAGAGGAUGUGAUCCGUUGCAUUUGCGGGUUGUACAAAGACGAGGGAUUGAUGAUUCAGUGCGCCAAGUGCAUGGUGUGGCAGCACACGGAGUGCACCAAAGCCGACAUCGAUGCGGAUAACUAUCAGUGCGAACGGUGCGAACCGAGGACAGUGGAUCGUGAGAUUCCCCUGGAGGAAUUCACCGACGAGGGCCACCGCUACUACCUCUCCUUGAUGCGUGGCGACCUGCAGGUGCGUCAAGGCGAUGCCGUCUACGUGCUGCGAGAUAUUCCCAUCAAAGAUGAGGCGGGCAAGGUGUUGCCGACACAGAAGCACACCUACGAAACGAUCGGAGCAAUUGAUUACCAAGAGUGCGACAUCUUUCGGGUUGAGCACUUGUGGAAAAACGAAGUGGGAAAGCGUUUCAUAUUUGGGCACCACUUCCUUCGCCCCCAUGAAACUUUCCAUGAACCUUCGCGUCGUUUUUACCCCAAUGAAGUGGUAAGAGUUUCCCUUUAUGAGGUGGUACCCAUCGAGUUGGUCAUUGGACGCUGCUGGGUUUUGGAUCGUACUACUUUUUGUAAAGGCCGUCCCAUGGAGUGCAACGAUGAAGAUCACUGCUUCAUCUGCGAGCUGCGCGUGGACAAGACGGCGAGGUUCUUUUCCAAGGCUAAGGCCAAUCAUCCGGCCUGCACCAAGAGCUAUGCUUUCCGAAAGUUCCCCGAGAAGCUAAAAAUCUCUAAGAGCUAUGCCCCCCAUGAUGUGGAUCCUUCGCUGCUGAAAACGAGGAAGCAAAAGACUGAAUUAGAAGUAGGAGCAGGGACUGUUCAAAAAACACUCGGCAGGCAGGAGCAGCAGCAGCCGAAGACGGUUGGGAGAAAGCCGCGCGGGCUCAGUGCCGCCCCAGUGGAAGCCACAGCUCUCCAUGUCAUACCACCAAUAGCACCCAAUAAGCAGAUGCUUAAGAAGAGGCGAUCACGCUUAGAGAACGUUCUAAUAACUAUGAAGCUCAAGUGUCUGGAUGCACAGACAGCCCAGGAGCAGCCCAUCGACCUGUCAUACCUACUGUCUGGGCGCGGAGCCCGACAAAGGAAGACCCAGCAGUCCAGUAGCAGCUCCACGGCAAAUUCAACCUAACAGAUUUAGCCUGCGACUAGGUUAAGCCGUGUAUAUACGCCUAAAGUUGGAGGCAUUGAUUAAUAUUUAUGGAAUUUCAAUUAACAAUUAGCAUGUAGCCAUUUAAGAUGUAACGGUGAUAGUAGUAACUCUAGAAUGUACAUUGUUAUGAACAAACUUCGUGAAUCGGCCUCCGGAUCCGUAUAAGAUGGAACAGAUAUUAAUAAUGGCUAAUAUAAGGAUCUAUUUAAAUACUAGUAUUUACGCGACCGCAUGAAGCCCCCUUUUAGAUGAAUUUCUUUUGUUUUUAAUUGUUUAUCGCAUUUCCAUAUUGCUUUUGUUUUACGGAACCAUCUCCUUUUCGUCCUUGCAACCGAAGGCGUUUGAAUUUUGCAUUGUUAUUUUAAAUUAUUGUAUUAUGUUAUGGAUGCUUAACUACGUAACACCCAAGUAGGACAACUUAUUGCGCUAUUAGUUUUUACAUAAUUUCAAAUUGUUAUUAACUGCUAACACAAAUUUUAAAAGUGAAAUAAAAAUAUAUUUUCAUUAA